AUGUCCGCUGCCUGGAACGAAGGCCCUGACCAGGGUGGCACUCCUGCUGACAGUGGUUGGAAAGCCGAGGUUGUGGCUCUUGAUGGUGGUGGUGGCGAUGGGGGUCAGAUUCGGGAUCAUGGCUUUGACAUUGCCGUCAAGCCGGAGCUCUACCCCGGCUUCGACGGUGAGCGCCAGCAGAUCAAAGACGCUGGCUGGAUUGAGAGCACCCCGUACAACUACGAGGCCGAGCAGGACCCCACCAAAGUCCUCCGCGACUGGGCCGGCAACGCUACAGUCUACGAGUGGUCCGGCGAGGAAGGCGACGUCGGCCCGCCUCGGAAGAGCUCGAGCGCGAGCUUUUUGGAGACCCAGAGAAACGCUCCGGUUCUGGUAUUGACUUUUCGACCUACCUUUGCUGCUUCUUUGUUUCGCUUACCAUAUUACGUGCUUCUAUAUAGACUUGCUGAGAUCAAGGUUACCCAGGAGGGCGAAACUCGCAUUUCUCCUUUCUACGACUUUGACAAGGCUGGUCUCCACCCUGCGAUGCGUCGCAACGUCGAAUUGGCCGGCUACAAGGUGCCAACUCCCAUCCAGAUGUACUGUCUUCCCGCCAUCAUCAAUGGACACGACGUCAUGGGUAUUGCUCAAACUGGUUCCGGCAAGACGGCCGCCUACCUCAUUCCCAUCCUGAACCACCUCAUGGGAAAGGCAAAGAAGCUUGCCGCUGCUCGCCCCAAUCCGGCGACCUACCGGCCGGGUCUAGACGCCCCGGCGCGUGCUGAGCCGCUGGUCGUCAUUGUUGCCCCCAGCCGUGAGCUUGGAAUUCAGAUCUUCAAUGAGGCCCGCAAGUUCUGCUACCGUACCAUGCUCCGCCCCUGCGUAAUUUACGGCGGUGGUCCGAUCCGCGGUCAGCUGGAGCAGCUCAGCCGCGGAUGUGAUGUUCUCAUUGCCACGCCUGGUCGUCUCAUUGACAUCAUGAACCGCCCUAACCAUCUGUCACUCCGUCGUGUCAAGUUCAUGGUCCUUGACGAGGCUGAUGAGAUGCUGCAGGAUGACUGGGUUGAGGAUCUCAGCCGCAUUCUCUCAGGUGACCAAGAUGACGGUGACAUCAAGUACAUGAUGUUCUCGGCCACGUUCCCCAAGCGUCUGCGGGAUCUUGCCAAGGAAUACCUUGCGAACGAUCACUGUCGUCUGCGUGUCGGCCGUGCUGGCAGCUCUCACGGCAACAUCCAGCAGGUGAUCUCGUACAUGGAUCCUGCAAACAAGCGCAAGGCUACCGUUGAGCUUCUCAACUCCAUCCCGCCCGGCAGAACCAUCAUAUUUGUCAACCGCAAGCUGACUGCCGACGAGCUUGACGACUUCCUGUAUAACCUUGGCCUCCCCUGCACCUCGAUCCAUGCUGGCCGCACCCAGAUGGAGCGCGAGGACGCCAUGCGUGCGUUCCGUGGCGGUCAGUGCCCGAUUCUCAUUGCUACCGGUGUCGCUGCUCGCGGAAUCGAUGUGCACAAUGUAAACCACGUCAUCAACUACGAUCUCCCCACUCUUGACCACGGCGGCAUUGAGGAGUACGUUCACCGUAUUGGACGUACUGGUCGCAUUGGUCACCGCGGUCUUGCGACGUCGUUCUACACCGACCGGGACGAGCCCAUUGCGAGUGUCCUUACGCGCACUCUCCUUGAGACCAAACAGGAAAUCCCCGAUUUCUUAGAGAUGUACAUUCCCGAGGGCGAGGCCCGCGAGAACCUCAAGUUCGAGGCUGACUCGGACUUCGAGGAGUUCACUGCCGGCGACGGCGGUGACGACGGUUGGGGUGCCGGGGGCGAUGCAUGUGACUCGUGGGACGCUCCGGCCGAUGGCGAUGUCGGUGGCACCGGUUGGGGUGCCGGCGACGACGAUGCCAACGAUGUACCGGUUGUUGGUUGGUCGUAA